AUAGGCUUCCCUACAACAAUCCAAAUUCAUAAAAACAAUCAUAAUUAACCCAUUUUUCUCCAUUAACGAUCUGCAACUUUGAUAAGAUAUGGCAGCUUUUUCUUCUUCUUGUUCUUGGAAAACAGGAGGGCUACUAUUCUCUGUUCUGCUUAACUAUUUGAUUGUUGUCUCUGCUGGUAACUUCUACAGAGACUUCCAAAUCACCUUUGGAAAUGGCCGUGGGUCAAUACACAAUGGUGGACAAGAUCUUACUCUCUCCCUCGACAAGAUCUCCGGUUCCGGCUUCAAAUCUAGAAACAAAUAUCUGUUCGGGAAAAUCGACAUGGAGCUCAAGCUUGUUCCUGGAAACUCUGCUGGCACUGUCACCGCCUACUACUUAUCUUCCCUAGGAGCAACCUGGGAUGAGAUUGACUUCGAAUUCUUGGGAAACGUAUCUGGCCAGCCUUAUGUUCUUCACACUAAUGUUUUCACUCAAGGAAAAGGCCGCAGAGAACAGCAAUUCUACCUUUGGUUUGACCCCACUGCUGACUUCCACACCUACUCCGUUCUAUGGAAUCCUCGGUGUAUCGUAUUCUACGUUGAUGGGAUCGCGAUAAGACAAUUCAAGAACUUGGAGUCAAUCGGUGUUCCAUUCCCUAAGAAUCAAGCAAUGAGGAUUUAUUCAAGUUUAUGGAACGCCGACGAGUGGGCGACGCAGGGGGGGAGAGUGAAGACAGACUGGAGUCGAGCACCCUUCGUUGCUUCCUACAGGAACUUCAACGCCGAUGCCUGCAUCUUAUCCGGCGCCGGUAAAACUUUAUGCAGUCCAAACGUUAAUGCAUGGCUUUGGAAAAAACUUGAUCUUGUGAGGCAAAGCCAAAUCAAAUGGGUCCAGAAGAAAUACAUGGUUUACAAUUAUUGCACUGACUACAAGCGAUUCCCUCAAGGCGUCCCCAAAGAAUGCAAGUACAAUUAA